UUGUUGUCAUAGGAACCGCACCCCCUGUACAUUCUGCGUCGGGCUGUGAAAGCACUGUUUUAACAAGGUAGAAACGUGGUGAGACAACCAGCAAGAUGGAGGCCAAGAAGACAUCAGAGCCCAAAUCCAAUGGUGUGACAAAUGGAGGGGCAAGGAUUGUUGUGGAUGAUGAUGAUGAAGUUCUUAGCCCAACCGACCUGUCCGAGAUAUUAGCCGAGGGGACCAAGGAGUCCCACGAAAAAGCAGAGAACUGCCAGUUUGUUAAGGAUUUCCUCAGAGGCCGCAUCAAAAAGGAGCUGUUUAAGAGGGGUACAGCAGCUCUCUACUUUGUCUACUCGGCCAUGGAGGAGGAGAUUGAGAAGAACAGAGACCAUCCUCACAUUGCCCCAGUCUAUUUCCCAACAGAGCUGCACCGGCGCGAGGCCCUGGCCCGGGAUCUCGAAUACUUCUAUGGAGAGGACUGGGAGAACCAGAUCAGCCUCACUGCUGGCACCAAGCCUUACGUGGACCGUAUCCACGAGGUGGGACAGACGGACCCGGUGCUGCUGGUGGCCCACUCCUACACCCGCUACAUGGGUGACCUCUCAGGCGGACAGAUCCUCAAGAAAGUGGCCCAGAGGGCACUGAAGCUCCCCUCGACUGGCGAGGGUCUCAACUUCUACCAGUUUGAAGGCAUAUACAGUCACAAGGGCUUCAAGCAGCUUUACAGAAGCAGGAUGAACGAGCUAGAGCUGGACAAUGAGACCAAAGAGAGGAUUGUGGUGGAGUCCAACCUGGCCUUUGGAUUUAACAUGAUGGUGUUCUCAGAGCUUGAAGAGAUUGGGAAGACCAUCAAAGAUGAGGUCCAAGAUGCAGGUUUUGGACACAGUCAUGCAGAGAUCAUGGAGGGAGGUGAUAUCAACAAGUGUCCCUACUAUGCAGCAAAAAUGGCUGCCAGUGGAAAUCCCACCUACGUAUGCCAGUUGGCCAUGAUGCUUCUCAGACACCCACCCUGUCAGGUGGCUCUGGCCAUCUGGGUGGCCUUCCUCGCUGGUUUCACUGCAUGGUACCUGGUGUGAGCUUGUCCGUCCAGUCACCUCUGAGCAAAGAGCAGAGGACACUGUUGCAUCCUGCCAUACUUAAUCCUCUUCACUUUGAGUCGUCCUGUCUGAAAGUACCAAACAAUAAACCAGAAACAAAACCUUUGUUAAAAUAAUAAUUUGUGCCAAACACUUGACGCAUAUAUUGACAUUUUGCGUUUUAAUACCUCAGGUACAGUGUUUAUUUAUUCUUAUCUUCCCUUAUUUUUUCCACUCUGUGGAAUGUACAUUUUUAUGCCUCUGACACUGCUAAUAGCAGCGAAACCGCAUUUGUGAUAAUGCAAUUGUAGUUUGACCAUGAAUAGUCUACAAAGACAUUAUGAUGUAUUUGCUUUGUAUGCUGUAUUCGUUGGUAAUAUGCACACGCGGUUUAAAGACAUUUUACUAUGUAGAAAUAUUAAAUGCAAUCUAUGACAUUAUGACAUUAUUACUCGAAUGUAUUUAAUAUGAAAGAUACAAGGAUGCACAUAUUUGUGUACAUCAUGCUUGGUGAUUGAGGUGUUUCUGAUUCUAAAUAAACAACAGUCAACUUUAA